GUGGGAUGAUCUGUCACUACACCUGCAGCGCCGAGCUCGGAGGACAGCUCCCGCGGGCGGCCCCCAGGCCCAGGAAGCCCGAGUGGAAGGAAGGAAGUACGGGCGAAAUCAUCAGAUUGGCUUCCCAGGUCUGGGCAUCUGAAGCGGGCCCCCACCUUCCGGCCAACUUCCAUUGAACUUCCCAGCGCUCCAAGGGGACCGACAUGGAGAGCAAAGAACCCCAGCUGAAAGGAAUUGUGACAAGGUUAUUCAGCCAGCAGGGAUAUUUCCUGCAGAUGCACCCAGAUGGUACCAUUGACGGGACCAAGGACGAAAACAGUGACUACACCCUCUUCAAUCUAAUUCCCGUGGGCCUGCGUGUGGUGGCCAUCCAGGGGGUGAAGGCCAGCCUCUAUGUGGCCAUGAAUGGUGAAGGCUAUCUCUACAGCUCAGAUGUUUUCACUCCAGAGUGCAAAUUUAAGGAAUCUGUGUUUGAAAACUACUAUGUGAUCUAUUCUUCCACAUUGUACCGUCAGCAAGAAUCAGGCCGAGCGUGGUUUCUGGGACUCAAUAAAGAAGGUCAAAUUAUGAAGGGGAACAGAGUGAAGAAAACCAAGCCCUCGUCACAUUUUGUACCAAAACCUAUUGAAGUGUGUAUGUACAGAGAGCCAUCGCUACAUGAAAUUGGAGAGAAACAAGGGCGUUCGAGGAAAAGCUCUGGAACACCGACCAUGAAUGGAGGCAAAGUUGUGAAUCAAGAUUCAACAUAGCGGAGAACUCUUCCCUUUGUUCCCUUUCUCAUCCCUUCCUGUUCUCCCCUCCCCUUUACCCAUUUCCUUCCAAUAAAUCUACCCAAGAAGAGAAAAAUAAAAUGGCAACACAGGACCUAGUGGCUCCCAAAAUCUUCCUUUGUGUAGGACAGGAAUAUUGAACCAAAGCUUUCCUGUUGCAAUGUGGUAGAAAAUGCACAUGCUCAACAAUUAGCACACAAACAAGCAAGGCUCUACAAACAUUAAAGUAAAUUGUGCAGUUAUUAAUAGAGGGCUAAUUGUAAUAGAGACGUAACUGCAAUAAAGAUGAAAUAAAGUUACUACCUUAAAGAAAUGGGUUUUGUAGAACUGAACUUAGAAAUUGAUGUAAUGCCCUAAAUAGUUUAAGCUCUGGGUAAUGCUGGGAUGAGUGCUUUGUUUUGAUUUUAUAUUUUCUUUGGGUGUCUGAAAUUGCACAUAAUUAUAUCCUGUUUUCAGGAUUCUUUUUAAAACCAUGGUAUUGAACAUUUAUUUAUAGAUUUUUCUAAUGCCUCUAAGAUACAUAACAAGGAAUCACUUAACAUCAAGAAAAUUCAAAAAUUUAUUUUUGAAGUUAUUAUUUAAGAUUAUUUUAGGCAAAGGAUAGUCUUAUGUUGAAUCUAAAGGUAUUAGCAUAUUUAAUUCCUUAAUAAAAAGAGUUUCAGAUUCUCCUAAGAGAAUGUCAUAUUUUUAUUAAAGGUAUUAACCUAGGAUCUCAUUUUUUAAGUAAUUUAGAUCAUUUUUUUUCCUUUGGCUGAAAUAACUCUUUGGAAUUCUUUGUUAUUACCAUGCCUGGGCAGUGAUGUACAAUUUGCGUGCUCUUACUAUUUGGUCUGAUUGUUCACUUUGUGGACACCUUUGAGAAUAUAGGUGCAUGUCUAGUUGUCUUAGAGAGUUUUUUUUUCAUCUCUUGCAGCAGGAAAGAAGGAAGAGGGGUUUAACAUAAGAAAAUACAUCCUGGAAAAUUGGUCAAAGCAAAUUGUAUCUGCCUUUGUAAAUUACCAGAGUUUUAUGUAUACAGCAUUUUCCAAACUCUGCCAUGAUGUUGAGAGGCAUGGCUGUGAAAUUCCUAACUUCCUAUUUUAUGAAUCAGGUGGCUUGUUUAUUGCUCUAUAUCCUUGUUUAUAAGUCUAGUAACAAUAAGAGUGUCUCCUAGAACUCAGAAGGGUACUUGUAACAGAUGGAAUUUUUCAGGGGUUUAGAGAAACAAUAUGGAAUUACCACCUAUGGUUUCAACAGACAGGGUUGUGUGAGCAAGUUAACAUAGUAAACACACACACACACACACACACCCCCCUCAGUGCAAGAUUAGGCAAAUGCAUAGUUAGGGAUACUGAAGUAUUAGAAAAAUAUUAGGGAAGAAAUGAACAUUAUUCAAUUGCCUUGGAAAAAAAUAGAUCUAUUUAGUCCUACAAAUCAGGAAUGGUGUAGAGACAUCCAAAUUAAAACAAAACAGAAUGUUAAAAAAAAAAAAAAAAUGUAUGCAGAUUUUUGGAUAUUAUUAAUGAGAAGACUUAGCAUGUUACCUCUCCUCCUGUUCAGCAUGUAUUGUUCCAAAUAUGACUCCCUGAAAUAUAUACACUUUGCAGAAGCUCUAGGUCCUCACUUCAAUGACCUUGCCAUUGGUUGCUGUAUUCUUUCAAGGUCACUAUAGUUUCUCUCACUCUACACAAUCAUUAUUCUGCAAUAGUGGUUCGUGUACUUCACCAAGUAUUCUAUUAAUGUUAUCAGGAGAUUAGCAGAAAACAAAAUGGAAGAAUUUGCCUAAUCAGUUGCAAAGAAGAAAAGUUAUGUAUCUAGGCAAGGAUUUUGAACACAAACUUGCAAGAAAUAUUUGUUUAACCAAAAUAUUUGGAAAGUAACAAAUAAAGACAUUUAAAUAAAUAAAGAAUGUUGCUCUUCUAGGAAAAGAAUGCCCUUGUUUAAAAAAAAACCUGGUUGUAUUUCUCCUUGUCACUCUUGAUUCAACUUGAUUAUAAAUGCUCCCUCCCGUCACUUUCAGGACCAAACAAAUCCCAAGCACAAAGCCUUAUUUUCUUUAAGGAAAUAAAAAAGAGGCUACUACAAAAUGGGUCACAGGCUCACUUAGCAUGAAAUGACUUGAGCUUUUGUGGGGAUACAUACACACGCAUGUAUACACUCACCACAACCCCAUCAGGAACACCCUGACAGCUUCUCAAAGGAUUGUCAAUUACACUGACGAUUUCAUGACACAAUAUAUUUAAUCCAGUUAAAUAUUAUGAAAAUACGAUAGAGAUAUGAAUCUCCAACAAAAUUCUUCCCUCUUGUUUCAGUGGCUGUUCAUUUGUCAUCUAGUGUCAUAUUUGUCUCCUUCCUGACAGCAGUUAAGAAGCGGAGUUCUAACUACCCAAUUUGUAUAUUUUUCCCUCCGUAUCAUGUAAGUGGAUGUUCACCACAGUGAACUGUUUGGAUAUUAGCUUUGCCUUGGUUACAACCGAGUUCAGUCAGUAAGUCAGAAACCUCAUGUUCCUCUUACACGUGACCCUGACAGAAACUGGUGUAGAGCACAGGGCAACGUUUGCUGACCUGCUGCCUCCUUUGUAAGCACAUGAAACCUGUCAUAGGAAAUCUCAGUAUUCACUGUCUAGGUUUUUAAAAAAUUAGCAAAAAAAUAAAUAAAAAAUUAGCAAAUGUAAACAUAAUUUACUGGUUUCCUCCAAAAAUAUGAGCCAGUUUGCAUAGUUCACUUUUAAGGUUUAUUCCAAGUAAAAGAAUUCUUUACUUUGAUAUUCAUUAUUCUGAUUUCUGGGUCUUAAUUCAUCCAUCACUUAUUUUCCUUUAAGUGAUGUAAGCUGUUUUGAAAAAAAUUAAUCCAUUGGGGUAUUCCAGAAGUAUGACUUCUAGCAAAGCUUUCUAAUUGGCUAUGUACAUAUAAGUUAAGACAUGUUUAUUCCCAGCAUCCUUAUUGUAACAUGUUUCAAAAUCACUGGGCUUAAGAAUGAGAACAAAGCUCCUGAGACUCUCACAGAAUAGUUUUCUGGUCAACAUCCCUGACUUGACUGUUAAGCUAGAAGUUUGAGGUUUAGAAACAAAGUGGUGCUUUAGUCCCAUUUGCUAAUUCAGAGACUUUUGUGCCCCAGCAAACUGGAGGACAGCAAGCGAACCUAUUCUCAAUCACAGUAAUAGUUUGGGUUUUGAAUUUUGCAUAUGAAUUUUAUAGCACAUUUUUAGCCAGGAUGAACCUAGCCCAAUAAAGAGACAUCAGUUUGAUGCACAUUACAAUGCUUUUUGGACCUCCUUAUAAUCCACAUAGAUUUUUAGAAGAAUUCGAUUGAAGAAAAUUACAACGCUGUAGAUAGGCAUUAUAUAUAGCUUGGUGGUCCUGUGGUUCCACUAGCCAGAGAUGAGAGUAUUAAGACAAAGAUCAAAGGAUCAAGAAUGGUUCAAUGUGUAUUGAAAAGUUUCUUGGACCACUGAUUCCUUGGCAAAGAGGCACAACUACAUCAACAGCAAUUUUUUUAAAACACAGACCCAGAAACAGCCAUUCUACUGUUCCACUGUCAUGGCUUAAUGUACCAGGCCUUGCUCUGAGAAGGGUUUCCAUGAAGUUGCUUCAUUUCAUCUGCACAAGGUGAAACAUUCACACAUAAAAAUGCCCCACUCAUUUUAGUAUCAUAAAAAGCUGAGAUGAUUUCUCUGUCAUAAAUUGUAAAUAGCAUUUUUUAAAAUCAGAAUCACAUUUAAAACAGUGGAUUGUUCUACAAAUAUAUAUGUGUAUAUAUACAUAUGCUUCUGAAAUAAGGAUAUAUUAUAUAGAGUUUUUAUUUGAUUUGUGGUAUUUAGUCAUAGGUAAUCAAAAAUAAAGAGAUUUGAAUGUAAAACUUUAUAUAUAAAUGUAUAUUUCUAAUGAUAGUAAAAAUUGCCACUUUAUAAUAAAAGAAGAAACAGGUGGGCACAAUCAUCAAAGCACAUACUCCUUCAGAACUUCAUGGUUCUGAAUCCCCUCUCUGAUGCAGAGGCAACUAUUUUUUUAUUUCUAAAAAGUUAUCUUAAAAACUUCCUGAAAGAGAUUCCAUGAUAAGUCAUACCAAAUUGAAAAUUUAUGGUUGAGGGCAGGAAAAAGAUGCUAAAUGCUGAUUGUUAUUUUUUCAGGAUUUUUCCUGGAGCCCAAGUUAAAUAUUCAAUAUUUAAAAUCUAAGUUAAGUGAAAAUUGGUAAUGUUCAGAGAAGAUAUAUUGAGUGUCAGUAACAAACAGAAGCAAAAAUAUACUUAAUGUUAUAAUAAUAGCAUAAAAUAAUGUCAUAAAAUUGCAUCACUAGAUGUUUCAUUAGUUGGAAGGAAUGAGUUGAAGCUUCUCUGUCCUUGCUCCAAGCAACCUAGAAAGACAGUGGCGUUCAUUUCACUUAUAGUUGUUCAAAAGUCCAAAAUAUACUCCCAUGAGUGGAUUUGGUAUUAGCUCCAUUACAAGGUUAAAUGUUGCAAUCUUAAGAAAUUAAUGACACUGAAAUGUUUAAUAAACAUGUUGUAUGAGAAACUGAACAAAUUCAUGUUUUGUUUUUGCAUUAAAGCACAGAUUAUUCAAAUCAUUGCUUUUUGAGAUCAGAUUUGUAAACUGUUUAUACAUCACAGCCUUCCUGAAGUAAAAAGCAGUUAUAAUCUUGAGAUGCUCAUGCAUGUACACAAAAUACUUGCACUUUUUUUUUACAUUAAACUUCUUUGGGAAGUGUC